CAUUGUUCUCAGUUUUUUUGGGGAGGGAUAGAGAGGACAGGGUUAACGGUGUUUUGUUGUUUUAUUUAUUUAUUUCCCUCGCAUCUUUCGAUAUCCAUCCAUGCUGUUGAUGUUAUUAGUUUAGUAUAAGUUAAUUAGUGAAACAGCUUCGUUCCACUUUUCACUUUCAGCAUGUUUUGUGCUGGGGUCUCAUUCUUCUUACUACACACGUAUAAAUAUAUAUUAUCAUUGUUGCUUUUCUUUGGAAACUAUCUUUCUUAUACCUUGAGGGCUUGGUCUGCGUUGCAAGCAUCUCGUUUUGAGCUACAUACAUUCACUCACAUAUACAUAUACUAUAUACGUUAUCUACAACGAUCCAACACCAAACGGACAAACAAGCAGUCAACGAGCAAGCGAGUCUUGACCCUCUUUACGCUGAUCUAGAUCCAAUUGGUUAAAAUGUUGAAAUCCCAGACAAUCAAAGUAAUCCAAUAUAAGAAAGAAGAUUUGAAUUUCUUCCUUCUUGAUCCUUUCAUCUCAAGAAAGUUAAAGUAUACAUAUAACUGUAAACCGAUUUCUGACCAUUAAGUUCUUUGGUUUAGAACUGGCAUUAAAAAACCACAAAAUCAAAUGGAAAGAAAAUUCCUCUUUUUUACCCCUAUUAUGUAUAUCUUCAGGUAGUUUCAUACUCUUUCAAUAUGCCUAAGUGAUAUAUAAUUUAUUAUACUAUUCUGCACAUGUGGAUCAAAAUGGAAGGUUAUACCAUUACUUCAGUUGAAGACUUUCUUGAGAACAAAGACUAUUCUUUUUCCUUGCAGACAAAGGACAAUGAUAGCAGUGAAUUUGUUUCUGUAGAAGAUGAGAGAGCUUCAUCACCAGAAGUGAUAAUUGCUUCAAGUGAAAUGUCAAAUAGUAAACAAGUCCAUCCACUAAAUAAACCGUACCAAUGUGACCUCUGUCCUAAAAUGUUCACCAAACCAUUUUACCUCAAUCUCCACAGGAAAGUUCAUUCAAAGCCCCCCAAGGUCUACCAGUGCUUCGAAUGCAAAGAUAUCUUUUCCACUCAAGGAAAGCUGGCACAUCAUGAGAAAUCGAUGCAUAAAAACAAAGUUGUGUUCCCUUGUGAGCAGUGUGAUCAGGUGUUCCCUCUGUUUCGUGCAUAUGUGACACACCAGAAAACACACUCGAAUGAAAAGUCUCAAAAAUGUGACAUGUGUGAUAAAGCUUUUGCGUAUUCAAGUCAGUUGGCUGCACACAUGAGAGUGCAUACUGGUGAAAGACCAUUUCAGUGUAAGCUUUGCCAGAAAAAGUUCACAUAUUCAGGCCAUCUCACUGUCCACAUGCGUUCUCAUACAGGUGACAGACCUUAUAAAUGUGAACACUGUGGCAAAUCUUUCACUCAGUCCAGUGACUUAACACAUCAUGCCAAAAUACAUUCAGGUGUAAAACCUCAUAUCUGUGACAUUUGUUCCAAGUCUUUUACUCAUGCUGGCCAGUUAAUUGUUCAUCUUCGCAAGCACAGUGGUGAACGACCUUAUCGGUGUGAACACUGCCAUAAAAGUUUUGCUCAGUCCAGUCAUUUAACUCUCCACAUCCGUUCUCACACAGGUGAGAAACCCUUCAAAUGUGACCACUGUGAGAAAUCUUUUGUUGACUCUAGCCAUUUGGCUGUCCAUACUCGAACUCAUACUGGUGAGAAACCAUUUCAGUGUACAUUCCCAGGGUGCAACCGUUUCUUUGCACGUUCAAGUCAGUUAGCAAAGCAUAAACGUUGUUGUCAUUAUAAUAUAGACAAUACUGAUAAGAGGGAUGAGAAAGGAAAACUUCGACCCUAUCGUUGCACAUUUUGUCCAAAAUCAUUCAUAGACGAGAAUCAUCUUGAUGCCCAUACACGAGUGCAUACUGGUGAGAGGCCUUUUGCAUGUAACUUCUGUGAAAAGAAAUUUGUCCUAUCUGCCCACCUCACAACCCACAUGCGUGUGCACACUGGCACCAAACCUUUUAAAUGUCAAGAUUGCUCAAAAGUAUUCACUCAGUCGGGUAAUCUAGCUUUACAUCGGAAAAGUGCACAUUGUGCACAAAAGGAAAACACUGCACAGAAGAACAAAAUUAAACAUAAAAUCACUGCAGACAAUAAAUUAGAUGAGCGUUUAGAUAGAAACAUAGUGACCUCAGCUCCACCAGACCAAACUACUGUGACAUCUUUCCAACAGGAAUUAUUUGACUCUGAUAAGAAGGAAAGCUUAGUGACUCUUGAAGAAGAAAUCACCAAAUUUUAUUCUGAACAGGUUGAAUGUCCAAACAGUCCAGUUAGUUACAAUGGUACUAGUUCACCUGUCUUCCCUGGUAGUAUUACUUCUGACCGCUUCUUUGAAGCAGUCAGAUUACAUCGUAAAGAAAAAGUAUUGAAAAGAGAGAAGCAAGAUGAAAAUAUUGAUGGAAAUAAUAAUUGUGAUUAAAGACUGAACUGUGAAGCAUUUUUUUAACCCUUUAGCAUUCAAACUGGCCAGAUCUGGCCUUCAUAUCUAUCCUGCAAUGUCAUUCUAAACAUAAGCAAUCACAUCAUGAAAGUUUUAGCUACACGAUUAAUUCAAAAUAAUGUGAAUAAAUAAACAUUACAUUCGAGAGAGUAAUCUGAAUGCUAAAGAGUUAACUUUUUUUUUUUCUCCCUGCCCCUCUCAAAUCAUCAUAACCAUCACUGUCCUUGGAAUAAAUCCCCAAAAUGAAGAGAGCCAUAUGAAAU